AUGUAUGUUGACCAGAAGGUUCGGGAUCUAGAGUUUAUUGAGGGUGAGGAGGUUUUUCUGAAGAUUUCACCCAUGAAGGGAGUUAUUCAAUUUGGGAAGAGGGGCAAGUUGAGCCCAAGGUACGUUGGUCCAUUUGAGAUUCUCUGUCGUAUUGGUGAUGUUGCUUAUGAGUUAGCCCUGCCACCAGGCUUGUCAAGUGUUCAUCCAAUAGUCCAUGUUUCUAUGUUGAAGAGGUACCAUUCAGAUGGGUCUUAUAUCGUUCGCUGGGAUUCUGUGUUGCUUGAUGAGAAUCUGUCCUACGAGGAGGAGCCUAUCAUGUUCUUAGAAAGGCAGGUUAGGAAGUUGAGGUCUAAGGAGAUAGCUUCUGUUAAGGUUCAACGGAAGCAACGUCCUGUUGAAGAGGCCAUAUGGGAGACCGAGUCUAAUAUGCGUUCCAGAUAUCCCCAGUUGUUUGCUGACUCAGAGUACGUGACAGGUUCCACAUCCACUCCUCGUGAGCGAUUAGGAGGCACUUUCGAGUGUCUAGGGUGA